AUGACGUCCGCGCCCCUCCACCUCACGAUCCGCUUCUCAACCUCCAUCCCAGACCUCGAGCUCGACAUCCCCUCGCCGCACCUCACCACCGUCCUCUCGCUCAAACACCUCCUCCGCACUCGCCUGUCCACCCCGAACCGCUUGCGCCUCAUCCACCAGGGCCGCAUCCUACCCGACGCCUCUGCCCUCUCCGCAGUCCUCAAGCCGCUGCCGCCGCCACCACCGGCUGCUUCGUCUGCGUCUGCGAAACGAUCGGCCGCUGCCCAUCGCGACGAGGACCACGGCGGCGCUGGCAAGGGCAAGGGCAAGGCCGUGGAGGGCGCCGCCCCGCCUCCGCUACGCAUCUACGUGAACUGCUCCAUUGGCGAUGAGCUCUCCGCUGCGGACCUCGCCGCCGAGGCCACUGCCGCGCACAACCCACCCUCGGACCCGUCCCCCGGCGAUGGCUCCAAGGCACAAGCCGGCAUAUCUUCGUCCAACGGCGCUGCCGCCGCGUCCGGGAAUGACGCAGGGGCCGGACUAUCCUCUUGGCGCACGCGUCCGCGCCCGCGCGGCUUCGAUCGCCUCCUGCAGGCCGGCUUCACAUCGUCGGAAAUAUCGACGCUGCGCACGCAGUUUGCGUCCAUAAACUCGGAGCGCUUCGCCCCGGACGCGAUGCCCUCACCCGACACUCUCCGUGGACUGGAAGACGCGUGGAUCGACUCCAACGCCGGCGAGGUGCCGUCGCUGGCCGCGGGAGCCGCGGGCGGCGCCACCAUCGAGGACGAGCUGAGCAGCAUGUCGACCGUGCUAGACAUAUUGAUCCGAGGCAUGAUGAUUGGCUUCUUUUUCCCGCUCGGGAGCUUGACGUGGCUGCUGAGACAGGGCGUCUGGAGCGAAAAGUGGCAGAUAUUUGUCGGCUCGGGCGUCGUCUUGAGUCUGACUGUGGGCAUCGUCAUGGGUAUCUCGGGCGAGCGGUGA